ACUUGGUGCCAUGGUCUAAUUGACGUUGCAGUGUUUAGUCAUAAGUUGAACUCGAUGUUUUGUUUUUUUAAUAAGAAAGCAAUAGUUGUAGAACAAGAUCAUAGCUUUUUCUAUGAUGGAAGCAUCUUUGUAUAACACAAAGCAAUAAAAUACACUAAUUUUGCCUUGUGUAACCUGUUUCUGGAAGUACUGUUUAUAGUGGUUUUUAAUCCUGCCAUCCAAAGGGCACUGACGGUGAGGCAGCAGAAUGAAGUUGGAGUGGUGUAGUCGAUUUGCCCUUUGCUCCAAGACAACCGGCCAGACCUUUCUGCUUGGAGGAGUGUUCAUCACGCUGGGCUCAAGUCGAAUCCUCCUGAUGAAGUAUUCUGCCAAUGAAGAUAACAAGUAUGAUUAUCUUCCUACGACAGUGAACAUGUGUUCUGAAGUAGUAAAACUGGUCCUAUGUGUAGUGUUGGCACUGUGGAAUAGGAAAAAAGAAAAAGGUUGUAUGGAUAAUCUCUCUGAAUGUUUUUCCUGGAAGAAUGUAUGUAAUUCCAUGAAAUGGUCAAUUCCUGCCUUUCUUUACUUUUUGGAUAACUUGAUUGUCUUCUACGUACUGUCCUACCUCCAGCCAGCAAUGGCUGUACUGUUCUCAAAUUUUGUCAUUAUAACAACAGCUCUUCUCUUCAGGAUAGUGCUAAAGCGAAGACUCUCUUGGGUACAGUGGGCGUCUCUGGUGAUCUUAUUCCUGUCCAUCGUUGCCCUGACUCGAGGAAGUGGAGGCCAUCAGCACAGCUUGGCUGCACAUGGAUUUCAUCACAAUAUGUUUUUUAGGCCAUCUAACCACUGCCUUCUCGCUACUGGACCUGAGGAAGCAUGCGUGGAAAAGGGCAACUGCGCAGCACCGAGUUUCCUUCACAGCUUCCAGUGGAAUGUGACCACUACCAUGGCAGGAGCAUUGAAGCCUCUCCGCCUCAGUCUGGGCCAUCUGCUUAUUCUAGUGCAGUGUUUUGUGUCUGCCCUGGCUAACAUCUACAAUGAAAAGAUGCUGAAAGAUGUGGAUCAGCUUGGGGAAAGCAUCUUCACACAAAACAGCAAACUAUAUGCCUUUGGGGUGCUGUUCAAUGGGCUCAUGCUGGCGCUGCAGGCUAAGGACCGGAGGCAGAUAGGGAACUGUGGCUUCUUUUAUGGGCACAACAUCUUCUCCGUGGCUCUUAUAUUUGUCACAGCUUUUCUGGGGCUGUCUGUAGCCUUCAUCUUGAAGUUCCGAGACAACAUGUUCCAUGUUAUGACUGCUCAGAUCAACACUGUUAUCAUCACCACUGUGUCUUUCGUCAUCUUUGACUUCAGGCCUUCUCUAGAGUUCUUUUUGGAAGCUCCUGUCGUGCUUCUCUCCAUAUUCAUUUAUAAUGCCAGUAAAGCAAGAGGCCUGGAAUAUGCCACUCUGCGGGAAAGGGGAAAACUCAUCAAAGGAGAUGCAUGGGAGAGGUCAAGUGGGGAUGGAGAAGAAUUUGAGAGGCUGAACAAACCAAACAGUGAUAUUGAUACAGAUGAAGAUUCCCUCUAGCAUGAGGCCGGCUUGGAGGAGUGCUAUGACUCACAGUGAGAGAGAGUUAAUCUUUUAUUAACAUAGAGAAGGGUCGUUUUCCCCACUGACAGACUGUUUGGAGCUGUUUUGGGGCUGGAUGUCAUACGUGGAUGAGGACAAUAUUCAACCUGUAUAUAUGGAGAGUUGUAUUCUUUUGUGCCUGUCUCCCAGUGUCUGGGGAAAUGGAAAUCUGGAAUGCCUUUGUAGCAGCUGGUGAAUUUUACAUGCAGCUUACAUGGCCUAACUUUGAAAGAGCUUAAAUAAAACAAAAGUUUAUUAAACAGUA